AUGGCUCACAAGACCUCACCAGCUGUCCCAGCCCAAACCUCCGUCCCUCUCGAUCUCAAGAACCGCCCACGAUACAGCCACGAGCAAUUGCAACAAUACUUUGCACGCAUCAAUCUUCCAGAGCAGUUCCGUAAAUCGCCAAUCAUCAACGAUGCGUCCCUUGCCGAGACGAAAGAGCAUGGACUGCCUCUACUCAAGGCCCUGCACAGAUAUCACGUAGCCAACAUACCCUUUGAGAACCUCGAACUUCACUACUCCGCUCACAAGACCAUAUCACUGAACAUGAACGUUCUGUUUGAUAAGUUUGUCGUGCGAGGGAUAAAACAUGGAAGAGGCGGUCGCUGCAUGGAGAACAAUGGCUUCUUUGGAACUGUGCUUCGAAGCUUAGGAUAUGAUGUAAGGAACUGUGCAGGCCGCGUGAGCAGAAUGUGGAAUCCAAAUGCGGAGACGAGGGAGCAGUUCGGAGACACAUAUGACGGCUGGAAUCAUAUGCUGAAUUUGGUGAAGCUCGAAAACCAACGUUACAUUGUCGACGUGGGCAUGGGAUCGAUGGGGCCUGCUAUCGUUUAUCCCUUAGAGGAUGGUUGGGAAGGCGUUGCUGUUGCACCGAGGAAGAUUCGACUUCAGUCGAGGCCGAUCCCAGAGACUUAUGGACGAGGCGAUGAUGCGCCAAAGCUUUGGUGCUUCGAUCAGUGUCUCGUGCCGGACGUACCGGGCAAAGACAAAUGGAUUCCUACCUACUGCUUCACGGAGACCGAAUUUCUCCCGCAGGACUACGAGAUGAUGUCUUUUUUUACGUCCAACAACCCGUCGGUCUUCUUCACCUACUCUCUCAUCUGCACGAAGCUGUUGGUGGACGAUGAGAAAGAGGCUGUUGUUGGAGACGUCACGCUUUUCAACAACGUAGUGCGGAAGACUGUCGGUGGGAAACGCGAUGAGCCACAGGAGCUAAAGACGGAGGAGGAAAGGGUCAAGGUACUCAAGGAUGUCCUCAAGGUAGAGUUAACGGAGGAAGAGCAGAAUGGUCUGCCGGCCGACAAGAAGCUCAACUAG